CGUACGGUCUUUACAACCAGUUUCGCCCGUGAAUUCCCUUAAUACAAAACGCACAACCCCAUUAUUCAUUAAUGGUGAAUUUGUGGAAUCGAAGACGGACAAAUGGAUACCAUUGUAUAAUCCAGCAACAAAUGAAUUGGUUACUCUCGUUCCUGAAACUACUCCUGAAGAAUUAAAAACUGCUGCUGACACUGCUGCUGAGGCUUUCAAGACAUGGAGAAAAACUUCUAUUCUUUCACGGCAACGUAUCUUGUUAGAUCUUCAGCUUUUGAUCCGAGAACAUGCUGACAAGCUUGCAAAAUCUAUCACUGAAGAACAAGGAAAAACCUUUGCUGACGCGAAGGGUGAUGUUUUGCGAGGGAGGCAAGUUGUUGAAACUGCUUGUGGUAUUACGAAUUUGUUUAUGGGCGAGCAAUUGGCAGUUGCUACCGACAUGGACACCUUUACAAUCCGGGAACCAUUGGGUGUUACUGCUGGAAUUUGUCCUUUUAACUUCCCUGCAAUGAUUCCAUUAUGGAUGUUUCCUUUAUCAAUUGCUGCGGGGAAUACUAUGAUCAUUAAACCUUCAGAACGUGAUCCAGGUGCUGCAAUGAUUCUAGCCCAAUUGGUCAAAGAAGCUGGCGUACCAAAUGGUGUUCUCAAUAUUGUUCAUGGUUCUGUCGAUGCUGUAAACUUUAUAUGCGACAAUGAGCAUAUAAAAGCUAUCUCUUUUGUCGGGAGUGAUCGCGCUGGAAAAUAUAUUUAUAAACGAGGGACUGCAAACGGCAAACGGGUGCAAGCCAACUUAGGUGCGAAAAAUCAUGGCGUCGUUAUGCCCGAUGCCAAUAAAAAUCGUACGCUAAAUCAGCUCGCUGGCUCUGCAUUUGGCGCUGCUGGACAACGUUUUACAGUAUUAAUGUCUUUCAAACUUUUUAAGGCACUGUCUACUGUUGUAUUUGUUGGUAAAGCAAAAGAAUGGUUACCAGAUCUCGUUGAACGUGCAAGUAAACUCAAAAUUUCGGGUGGAAUGGAACCUGACACAGACCUUGGACCUUUGAUCACACGUCAAGCUAAAGAACGCGUUGAAAAACUAAUCCAGAGUGGUGUUGAUCAAGGUGCAGAAUUGAUAUUAGAUGGACGUAACCCAGCAGUUCCAGAAAAGUAUAAGAACGGAAACUUUGUCGGACCAACUAUUUUGGCGGAUGUUAGACCUCAUAUGGAUUGUUACAAGGAGGAAAUAUUUGGUCCUGUUCUUAUUACUUUAAAUGCUGAUACUCUUGAUGAUGCUAUUAAAUUAAUCAAUGAUAAUCCUUAUGGAAAUGGCACUGCUAUAUUCACAAGUAAUGGAAGCAAUGCACGUUAUUUUACAACAUCCAUUGAAGUUGGGCAAAUUGGUGUAAAUGUACCAAUUCCGGUUCCCUUACCAAUGUUCUCAUUUACCGGAAAUAAGGCUUCUAUUCAAGGAGAUGUUAAUUUCUGCAAUGGAUUACAAUUUUACACACAAACUAAAACGGUAACUGCUUUAUGGAGACAUGAAGAUGUUGAUCACACAAAAUCAGCCGUGACAAUGCCGACGAUGCAAUAA